UGGCCUCGUUUGAGGCCCUUCUUGCCGUUCUGCUCUCCCCUCUCUCCUGUCUUCUCUUCGACUCCAUCUUGAGGCAUUCUUGAUCGGAUUGGAUUCACGUCGGAGAAGGCAGAAUCACUUCCCCGAUCAUCGACGCUAAGGAUUCAGUUGUGGUAUUAGCUUGCAUGCCUGACUGACAUCGACAUUAGUACUAACAUCCCGAAAAAGAGACAAUGAACGACCUCCUCUCCACCACCUCCUUCAAGCAGUACACCAACCUGAAGCACCAGGUGCAGAUGGACCAAAUGGAGGCGGGCAUGAGCGGGCCGGGCGCCGACGUCGGUGCUAACCUCGAGAGGUUCUUUGAGGAGGUGGAGAACGUGAAGAACGACCUCCGCGGCCUCGAGAGCCUCUACCGCCGGCUGCAGGAAGCCAACGAGGAGAGCAAGACGGCCCACAGCGCGAAGACGAUGAAGGCGGUCCGCGCGCGCAUGGACGCCGACAUUGGUCAGGUGCUACGGCAAGCUAAGGCGGUGAAGGCCAAGCUCGAGGCGCUGGACCAAGCCAACGCGCAGCACCGGAACAUCCCCGGAUGCGGCCCGGGGAGCUCGGCGGACCGGACUCGGACGUCGGUGGUUAGCGGGCUGGGCAAGAAGCUCAAGGACCUGAUGGACGACUUCCAGGGGCUGAGGACGAGGAUCGCGGCGGAGUACAAGGAGACGGUCGGGCGGCGGUACUACACGGUGACGGGGACGCACGCGGACGACGACACGAUCGAGACGCUCAUCUCGUCGGGGGCAAGCGAGACGUUCAUGCAGAAGGCGAUCCAGGAGCAGGGGCGGGGACAGGUGAUGGACACGAUAUCGGAGAUCCAGGAGCGGCACGACGCGGUGAAGGAGAUCGAGAGGAGCCUACUGGACCUGCACCAGGUGUUCCUGGACAUGGCCGCGCUGGUGGAGGCUCAGGGCCACCAGCUCAACGACAUCGAGAGCCACGUCGCGCACGCCAGCUCGUUCGUUCGCCGGGGCACGGUGGAGCUGGAGACGGCGAGGGAGUACCAGAAAAGCUCCCGCAAGUGGUUCUGCAUCGGCAUCAUUGCCGCUGCUCUCCUUAUCACCUUCCUGCUGCUUCCCGUUCUGACCACCAUGAUUAGAUAG